AUGCCGAAGUUGAAAGAGUCUUUGAAGAUAAGUAGAAAUCUUCUGAAUGAGUUGGUUAAUGUGUGGGUUGAGAGGAGAGGAGGUUUUGCACUUAAUAAAGAAAUUGUUAGAUUUUCUUUAUUAGAUGUAUGCUUAGGUUUAGGGUUACGGGUUGUUGGAACUAAACUUGAUUUGGAUGAGUGUUUUGUUGAGAGUCAGUGUAGGAAACACUUUGAUGAUGAAAACGUUGAUGUCAAAAUGGUUUAUGAAUUCUUAAUGCAACAUCAUGGAGAUUUAACUGUAGUUGAUUUUUGUAGAUUGUAUGUUUUGAUAGGAAUAUGUGAGUUUCUAUUGUCUAGUCGCAGGGGUAGAAUUUUUCCGAUAUUGUUCAACAUUGUGGAUGACUUUGGAAGUCUUGGAAAAUAUAAUUGGGGUAGUCUUGUGUAUGAGUACUUGGUUGAGAGUCUAUACACUGCUUCAUUGUUGUUGAGCGACGAAGGAAAUGCGAAAUACUUUCAUGUGGAUGGUUGUGUUUAUUUGUUACAGUUAUGGGCUUUUGAGCAUUUGUUGAUUUGGAAGAGAAAGGGAGGAACUCCCAGCAGCCGAUUUCCACGAAUAUUGCAUUGGAUGGAUGUUAAAGUUGGGGAUUCCGUAGUUAGUCGUAGUUUGAAGAAAAAAGCGGUUUUGCAUGACGUUGUCGUGUCAGAAGAAGAGCUUAAACAUGUAGUUGUCCAAGAAGGUUUUCAUGAAUAUGGGUGUGGAUUUGGCAAGGUUGAAAGGAGAAGUGAAGGAGGGUGUUCUUCACAAGACAAGGAAGAGCUUAUGCGUGAAAUUUUAGAACAAGAAGUCGUUAUUGAGGAACUUAAGCAAUCAAUUGAUCUUCUAAAAACAAAGAUGAAGGAGAGGAGGAAAAAACCGCCUACGAAAUAUGAUCCAUGUUAUGGCACAAAUGGUUGUGCUUCUCAAACACAUGAUCAUAGUUUUGAUUUGGGAGGCAAGUCUGUCGAGGAAGAUGAUGAAAUUCAUAAAAGCAAUGACAUGUGUGACGAAAUGGAGGAAAGCAAUAUGUAUGCGCGAAUGAAGCAUCAACCCCGCACACGUUACAAAAGUCGUUCUAUUCGAACUCCGUUUGCGAGUUAUGGGAUAAGGAGGUUGAAGAAAUAG